AUGGCUGAGAUCGAAAGCCUUCGCGAAGUCAACCAGAAGUUGGAGAAGAAAAACCGAGAUUUGGAGUGGGCAAGUACUAUGACCCAGGCAAAAGCCGACAAAGCCCACGACAAGCUUGUUGAGCAGUUUGCCCAGCACCUGUCCGACUCCAGAACCGAAUUUGACGGCUUCCGGCAAGACGUCCAGAAGUCACUUGAGGAAAGUGAAGGAAAAUCCAGUCGCUCCUUGCAAGAAAAGCUUGAGAGUCUGGAGGCCCAGAUGAAUACCUCGGCAACCACUUUGAUGGAGGAUCGUGCCAGAGAAGAGCAGAUAACGCGGCGCAAGUUAGAGCGUUUAGAGGCGAUGCUCGAAAGGUCGAACAAGAAUAAUAGACAACUAGAGAAGAAGCUUUCGGGGCUCACGGGCAUCGUCGCUGACAUUGGUGCUGCCACAGACGUCGUGAGGACAGAACAGCAAUGGAAUUCAGCACUCGAAAAGUACGGGCUGCAGGAAUAA